AUGCCCAGCAUCGUGGAGUCAAGAAGAAUCUAUUCCGAGAUCCGAAAGAAGCGGCUGCAGCUGGAUGAGGCAUACGAACUGGGCCGUGACGCGGCGCCCGUUCCGGAUCCGAUAAACUUGAGCAGCCUGAGAUGCAUCGCCAGAUUGGUCUUGGAAGCAACAAAGGAGACGAAGCAGGUGAAACACUUCCUUCAGGUGAUGGGUGUGGAUGUGGAAUCUGCCCAUGAUGAUCACAUUGUGGAGAUCUGCUCGCCGAGAAACGCCGUCUAUGCCAUCCGCGUGCGGGAGGCGCUGCUCCGGCUCGCCGAGCUGCGCCGAGUCCUGCAGGACAGGAUCCGGCAGCGUGGUGUGGACCCCAAGGAAGACAAGAAACGAAAGGCGUUGCUCAACGAGCUCAAAAAUCUGCGAAAGGCUUUGUCAACAACCCAUCUCAGCAGGCAGAUGCAUGACGUCGAAGAGUGCCUGGGAAACUUGAAAACGCUUCUCGAGACGUUUGAGUUCUCCGACGAGGUGCAGCAGUACACCCAAAAGGCCGCAGGAGCAAUAGCUGCAUUGCAAAACAUCCACAUUUCCCGUCCAAUACUCAAAGCCAUGGCCAAGACGUAUGCCCGCAACCAAAUGGCAGGCUCCCAGGCCGAUCCAAAAGCCGCCCAUUCGAGGCCAUGGAAAAGUACCGUGUGGAAGACAGGCCGCGGCAAGCAGGAGCAGCAGCCACACAAAAGCGCCCGGGAUGCCCGAGAGUCUCAAGCAGAGCUGACUUCAAAGGCGGCUCCUGCGGACGAUGGUGAGCUGCAGUUCCACAUGCCCGAGACGGACCUCGUUGCAAGCGAGGUGGAUGACAUCAUCGGCAGCUUGGAGAACGAGGUCACAGAAGGCACCCAGGAUGCGAAGCCGAGCCGCGAGGCUUCCAAGCGGCGCCGUCGCAGUUCUACCAAGAAAGAGCAUGCCAAGGAGAAGGCUACGGAUGGCACAGGAAAGCCGCAGCCGAAGCCCUCCACAAAAGAAGAUCAGGGGGACAAGAACGCAGGAAAGAAUCAACCUCAACCUGCGUCGGCGAGACAAAGAUCAAGCAAAGUGCCCCGGGAGCGGUCGGAGCGCACCAGUCUGCCAGCUGCUCUCCCCAGUCGUUCAACGUCGUCACGGAAGUACAGCGGAGCGCAGGACCGGCGUGCGCGAUCUGGCUCGGCCGGCAGGACGCGCCGAAGGUCGGUUCCGGUGGCUGAGAACGCCAUUGAUGCCACACUGACGGCCGACCAGAGGGAACCAUCUGCCAACUGUUCCUCGCCUCCUGUGGAGGAGCCGCCACAAGGACGGGAAGCGACUCCUACGCAGAGCAAGGCGGAAAUGGCAGAAACGGGUGGCAAGGAAGUCGUUUCUACGUCUCCGGACGAGGACAUCAUCCCUGCACUGGGAGCAGCUGCAUCAGCGACAGCGCAGCAGGCGGAGCCGCAUAUCGGGUCGCGACAUUUUGUGACUCCCAGCGAGGCUGCCUCAGCAGAGGCGGAUGCGUCAGGGCGACAGAGUGCAUCGAGGCCAAGCACCAGCGUAUGGUCUCCCACAGAGGUGGGGACGCCGGCGAUUGAGGCUGAGGCACCCAUGCAGUCACCAAUCACAGAGGAUGGGAGAAGAAAACGUCAGAAGCGCAUCUCCAGUGUUGCACUGGCCAACGGAAAAGAAAUCGAGCCGUUAUCUUCGCGAUCCAGCGGCUGGCUAUCUGAGAGAGCGGAAGAGUCACCCUCGCUAAUAUGUCGGAAUGCGACCGAUGCUGCGAACACAGAGCGAAACCAGCAAGAGAAGGUGGUCGCCAAGCGACCAAGCACACAGCCUGGCCAGCCGACAGCCCGUGCACGCUGGGCACCUCUUACUCGGCUCUCCGCCGCAAAGCAAAACGCGGAGGCGCAGGGGCUGGUGGUGAACGCUGGCGGAAGCAGCUCAAGGUGGCCAAGCCUCCGAGCAGCGCUCAUGGUGAAGCAACAGCUUCGUCAGGUGCCAUCCACGGCUCCUGCGAGGGUUGUACCGAUGGAGCAGCAGACUACGGCCAAGAAGGAGAAGAAUGACGCACUCAACCAGCAGGAGCUGACAAAAGGACCCCUGAAUCAGAUCAAGUUUCGACUCCCUGCAGGUUGGUCUCGAAGACCUGUACCGCGAGCUCCGGCGAGGUUUGUGUGGCGCCUGGACAGCGGUACGCAUGACGACUCUUUUGUCGGUGACUGGACUGCUCUGCCAAGUCCUGGCCAGGGGAUGCCCAAGCUGGCAGGCAAGGACGAGGAGGACGCUGGCGGAUCGAGCGACUCAGGAGAGGAUGCCUUGACCGUCGUGGACGUGGUUCGAAGCCUUUGCAAACAGGACGAAGAAGAAUGGAGUGAGGAGGAGCUAACGCUGCGAGAGCUGUUCACCAUGACGCCGACCAUUGAGCAGGAGGAGGUCCACGUCAAUGAAGGUGGAAAAAGCGAUCCAACUUCUGCAUGGGAUGCCUUUGCUCAGGAGCAGUCAACGAUCAGCUAUCUCAGCCGCUCCGCAGACAGCGAGUCCGAGUCAGAAGAUGAGGAGGAGUUCCUUCGCCAGCUUCUGCAAAGCAGUCGUUUCUGCUGCUGGCUUCAUCCGCUCUGCAGGGGACACUGCGACAUCCCUCGAGUGUCCACCGCAGGACUGCCUCAGAUAUGGAGCGCAACAAGCUCUUCCCCGAGAGACCUUCACAGACAUCAAGGGCAAGUUUCGAUUGAAUCCGUGUUGACGUACCGCUUCCACCGUGGAUUCCGCAACCAGUUGGUACCCGGGGAGCUGGAGGACCAGUAUAGAGAGGAGAUGUGCAAAGAUCCACAGAUCCCUUGCUUCUGCCGGCGUUGCGUGUGGCACAACAAUCCAGUACUCAAGCUGGCGUGA